AGUGCCCCAGGAGCUAUGACAAGCAAAGGAACAUACUUGCCUGGAGAUAGCCUUUGCAAUAUUUAAAUGUCCGUGGGUGCAGAAAUCUCUGCAGGCAAGUUGCUCCAGACAUAUUGCAGGACAAGCCUGUAACAAAUAGUUAAAUUCACGGCAUCUGGAUUCCUAAUCCUUUUCCGAAAUGGCAAGUGUGAGUGGCUGUAUAAAAUAUUCUAUGUUUAUCUUCAACUUCUUGUUCUGGCUAUGUGGUAUCGUGAUCCUAGCAUUAGCAAUAUGGGUACGAGUAGGCAAUGACUCUCAAGAGAUUUUCAGUUCUGAAAAUUUAGGCUCCAGCCCCUAUGCUGCUGUGGACAUAUUGAUUGCUGUAGGUGCCAUCAUCAUGAUUCUGGGCUUCCUGGGAUGCUGUGGUGCUAUAAAAGAAAGUCGCUGCAUGCUUCUGUUGUUUUUCAUAGGCUUGCUUCUGAUCCUGCUCCUGCAGGUGGCGGCAGGUAUCCUAGGAGCUGUUUUCAAAUCUGAGUCUGAUCGCAUUGUGAAUGAAACUCUCUAUGAAAGCGCAAAGCUUUUGAGCACCACAGUGGAAAGUGACAAACAAUUCCAGGAAGCCGUAAUUGUGUUUCAAAAAGAGUUUAAAUGCUGUGGUUUGGUCAAUGGAGCUGUUGAUUGGGGAAAUAAUUUUCAACAAUAUACUGGAUUAUGUGAGUGUCUAGAUACGCAGAGAUCAUGCACAUACUAUAAUGGAAAACACGUUUACAAAGAGCCCUGUAUUUCUUACAUAAAAGACUUCUUGGAAAAAAAAUUGAUUAUAGUUAUUGGAAUAGCAUUUGGACUGGCAGUUAUUGAGAUACUGGGUUUGGUGUUUUCUAUGGUCCUGUAUUGCCAGAUCGGGAACAAAUGAAUCUGUGGAUGUGUCAAGCUAUCAUCAGUCAAACCCCUUUAAAAUGUUGUUUUGGCUUUGUAAAUUUAAAUAUAUAAGUGCUAUAUAAGUCAAGAGCAGCUGUCUUUUUAAAAUGUCUCAGCUAGCUAGACCACAGAUAUCUUCUAGACAUAUUGAACAUAUUUAAGAUUUGAGGGAUAUAAGGGAAAAUGAUAUGAACGUGUAUUUUUACUCAAAAUAAAAGUAACUGUUUACGUU